GGCCUGCGGGCGGGCCGCCCUCCGCCGCCGCCAGCCGGGCCGCCGCCCUCGCCCCCAGCCCCGGGCCCGGCGCUCCCCGCCCGGUGCGGGACCGGGACCGGGCCCGGGCUCGGCGCGGCGCGGCCCGGCGCAGGGAGGAUGGGGCAGAUGCGGAGGCCGGCGAACGGCAGCGGCCCGGCGGCGCCAUGACCGGCGAGAAGAAGAAGAAGAAGCGGCUCAACCGCAGCGUCCUGCUGGCCAAGAAGAUCGUCAUCCGGGACGGGGCCGGCCGACAGGGGAUUGGAGAGCCCAGUGUGUACCACGCCGUGGUGGUUAUUUUCCUGGAGUUCUUUGCCUGGGGGCUGCUGACCACGCCGAUGCUAACGGUGUUACACCAGACUUUUCCUCAGCAUACAUUCUUGAUGAAUGGCCUGAUUCAUGGAGUCAAGGGUCUGCUUUCUUUUCUAAGUGCCCCACUGAUUGGUGCUCUCUCUGAUGUCUGGGGCAGGAAAUCCUUCCUCCUCCUCACUGUCUUCUUCACGUGUGCACCAAUUCCCCUUAUGAAGAUCAGUCCAUGGUGGUAUUUUGCUGUCAUUUCCAUGUCUGGAGUCUUUGCUGUCACCUUUUCUGUGAUUUUUGCCUAUGUGGCGGAUAUCACACAGGAGCAUGAACGCAGCACGGCGUAUGGCUUGGUGUCGGCCACGUUUGCUGCUAGUCUGGUCACAAGCCCAGCGAUUGGCGCGUACCUUUCCCAAGCCUAUGGUGAUACGUUGGUGGUUGUGCUAGCUUCUGGUGUUGCUUUGCUGGAUAUUGGUUUCAUCCUGCUGGCCGUGCCAGAGUCUCUGCCGGAAGAGAUGCGCCCGGUCUCUUGGGGAGCUCCGAUCUCUUGGGAGCAAGCAGACCCAUUCGCUUCCUUGCGGAAAGUGGGUCAGGAUUCUACAGUGCUGCUCAUCUGUAUCACUGUCUUUCUCUCCUAUCUUCCUGAAGCCGGCCAGUACUCCAGCUUUUUCCUGUACCUGCGACAGGUCAUUGGUUUUUCCUCUGAGACUGUCGCAGCCUUUAUUGGUGUAGUUGGAAUUCUCUCUAUACUGGCUCAGACAGUAGUGUUGGGAAUUCUCAUGCGUUCGAUAGGAAAUAAAAACACCAUCCUGUUGGGACUGGGCUUUCAGAUCCUGCAGCUUGCCUGGUACGGCUUCGGAUCGCAGCCUUGGAUGAUGUGGGCAGCAGGAGCUGUGGCCGCCAUGUCUAGCAUCACCUUCCCCGCCAUCAGUGCCAUGGUGUCCCGGAACGCGGACCCCGACCAACAAGGUGUGGUGCAGGGGAUGAUAACUGGAAUUCGAGGUCUGUGUAAUGGCCUGGGGCCAGCGCUCUAUGGCUUUGUCUUCUAUCUCUUCCACGUGGAGUUGAAUGAAAUGGCUGAGGUGGAAACUUUGGGUAAGGCCUCCAAACCCAACAUGGCCAACCCUACAGACGAGAGCAGCAUUAUCCCAGGGCCUCCGUUCCUGUUUGGGGCUUGUUCUGUCCUGCUGUCGCUCCUGGUGGCCUUGUUCAUUCCAGAGCACAACCUUGCAUUGAGGUCAAGCAGCCACAAGAAGCACAGUAACGGAGCCCAGACCCACACCCAUGGCCCGCAGGCCGGCGGAUCGGACGGCAAGGAGCCCCUGCUUGAGGACAGCAGCGUAUGAGGUUGGGAGAGAAGGACCUGGCUUGCGUCUCAACUCCAGAUCAAGGAUGGACUUAGCCAGUGGGAGUUCAGGGAGAGAGGGUGGGGGGAGAGAAGAAAUGAGGUAACGGACUGUACCGCUAAGGAGAAGGGACAUGGUUUCCCUUCAAGCCAAAUAUGUCCAGCUGGUGCAAAAAGAGAAUUGUGUCAUCUGGUGCUGAUGGAAAGGGGAGAUACUGAACUGCUCCACAUGAAGGGAUAGUUCUUUAAAGCAAACCUGCCCCUGUACAUGAAUACUGAACUUCAUGGUGUUACCUGCCAAAUACUCAACUCGCCAGUAAAAAAUUAAGGAGUUAGCAUUGUCUUUGUUCUAACAUGAACUAACUGAGUUGCCAGCCAGAGUAAAACGAGGCAUCUGUUACCUGCCCCCAUCCCCUUACACAGUGGUACUCGCGGAUCCCGUCGCGGCUGGGUUGGCUGGCGGCGGCCCGGGGGAGGCUUGUGCAGCCCGUGCUGUGCUGAUACGCCGAGUACAAAGCGUGUGUGUGAAGAGCAGGCAGUGUAGCCCACUGUGAGCAGAUCCUCGCUGCCUGGGGAUCUGACCAAUCUGCCCAUUCUGGCCCAAGUGAAACUUGGACACUGCCAGCCCCCCAAAAUCUACUGACCUAAUGUUCUGAUGAAGACAUGAAAAAUUAAGAAGUAAAGUUGCAACUGACACAAGGGAGAAUGGGCAGAGGAGAGAAGGGCAACUAUGUGAGUUACAAAGGCUUAGAUGGUCAACAACAUUUGUAUUUCUGUUUUUGUUUUUUUCUUUUUUUGUUACACUAAUGUAACAUUUGUCUGUUGCUACCUCCAUAGGUAGUCGGUAGAAGGAUUUUUCAGAAAUCUUCUGGAAUUGUAGGGGUUGUUUAGAAAAUUCAGUUCUCUGGGAGGUUGGAGAAACAGCUAAACUCUGCUAAGCACUUUGAUAAAAUGUAGUUUCCUGAGAGAAAGGUGAAAGAAAUAGCUGUUUAUCUUAAGCACUUUUAUAAAGCAUGUUGAUUUUUUCCCCAGGCUCUUGCCAUCUGAUAUUAAAACCAAGAUAAUGACUGUAGCUUGUUUUUUUUUUUUUUUCCCCUCAGUCCAAAAGAUCCUGAUGGUGAUGAUUGCAAAUGAUUUGAACUUACAGGUUUGGAUUCCAUGUAGCAUUUCUGAGCCUAUUGUGAAGGCUUUCAUUUUGUUGAAAAUUGGAAUUUCAAGCUCUGCUGCAGGGUUCAGCUCUGUUUAAAAGAGCAGCAGAUACUUGAACUUGAGUGUUGUGGAAGCAGCUAAGACAAACUUAUAGGGAAUGCUUGGUUGUUUAUAGAUAUGUAGAGGUAUGGCAGAGGGCAGGAAACAAUUGUUCUCAUCUGAGUGAGAUCAGAAGUAAUGGCUUUGAGCAAUCACUGGGGAAGUAACGACCAAACUGGGAACACUUAAGAAAUUAGUUGUUAAGGGAAUUGAGGAUACAGCGGCCAGAAACAGUCCUGUCUCAGGGCAGGGUAUGUGUGGCAGCCGUUGUCCUCUGGCUGGGAUCCCUUCUCUGUAGGUUUGGGACAGGUAACCUGGGGGAGAAAGGCCAAAAGGGAGGGAGUGCUGUCACAUAAUGUCUUGGGUCUUUGCAGACAGGUGACGGUGGCUGAUUCUGUGCUGGUGCAGUGGUGAUUGCAAAUGCCGUUUGCCCCUGGGUUUAGUGGAAAACAUCACCUGGACGGCCCUGGGGAGCUCAGUCCCUGACCCCCAGCCGGGCAGAGCACUGUCUGUCCGCUGCUCGCCCCGCUCCAGCAGCAUGAGGGGAUGUGAGCUCCAGGCUCUCUGCAGCGUCUGACCUCUCCAUGCGCUUGUCAGCGUCAGGGCUGGUUAAUAAUGGCUUUGCACAGAUCGAGAGCUGCAAUUUUGUGUAGGUCUCUUGAACGCCUGUCAGAUAUUAACAGCUUGAAACCACUGCCUGCCUAGACUGGGCUGAACUAAUAAUAUAAUGUCUGUUUACCAAUUUUCUGGACCAGUUAGUUAUUGGAGGUGGAUGUUUAAAUUAAAUAAUUCAGUUUGUUUUGCAUUAAUCUAGCCUAGUACCCAGAUCCUGUGAUCAGAACUGUAAGAGUAAUUGUUGUCCAUGCAGAGGGCAGCCACCUCGGACAUGGAAGGUUUGCCGAUAUGGAUCUAAUUGCAGGACUGAAGAACAGAGCUAGCAGAAAGUCUCAGGGACCUGCAAUGAUUCCAGUUUUCCCAAGCUGCUUGUGGUGAUACGGGCUCCAAAUUCCCAAACAUUAUUGGAUGGUUUGUACUGUGCGUGCACAGCAAGCUUCUUUCCUGAAGGAAAUUUAGUCACUUAAACUUCCAGGCAGCAAUCCCAACUCUGUAUUGCUCACAAAAAUGCCUUUAUUAGACUGGAGCUUUACAAAGUACAUCUGGCAUUUCAUUUAUUUACACUGUAUUAAAAUGAACUGAAGUAGGUUUGUCCCUCAGACAGGAAUGAAGUGAAACGAAACACUGAAUCACCUCAUUCACACUGGGGCACUUGGAGCUUCACGGGUAGAAUAUAGCAGAGCAUUACAAAAAAGAUGAGCAUAAUUUAUAUGAUAUAAAGUAUUAUAGAGAUAUAUUUUUAAAAGUCCUUUCCUUUAUUGAAUAGCUUAUUGAAACCGAUGUGUUUCUAGUCCUGUUCCCUCUUGCCGCUGCUGCUGCCUGCGGCGUCUCAGCCUCUCCUUCCCUUCAGACAGAGCUGUCUAGGUGAGCUUCCCCCCUCGGUCCCGUCCGUCCCGACGUGACACCCGCGUUUCCAGGGAUGCCGACGUCCCCGGGCUCGUGAGUACUGGACCUGGAGCGUGCUGGUGACGGCGGCAGCCCCUGAGCUCGGGGCCGGGCGAUGCCGCAGGUCCCAGCCGCAGCCUGGCUGUGCGAAAGGGGCUUCUUGGCUGCCAGGAGGGCUCGGCACCGGGCACGCUGCGGCACCGUUACCAGCGCGAAGGUGACCGGCACGUUGGUCCCUCGCUGUGCCGGUGCGGGGCUGCCCCGAGCACGGGUGCCCGCGGCACACGGACCUGCCCCGGCACCCCAGGGCUGCCGCCCGCCCCAGAGGUGCCGCUGGCUCCUGGAGCAGGCAGGGAUGUUCCCUUCCACGGUUUUGGGGUUCCUCUCACCUGGUGCGGUGGGGGCCUCAGCACCAGGUGACUGUCCCCCCAUCAGCGUAGGGAUGUGACCCACCCACCGUUCUGCCUUCAAGUGACAGAGGAGGACUUGGGCCAAGUGGUGACGGAGCUGAAAUUACCGGACCUGAAUGAAGAAUGUCUCAUUCUGAAGGGCUGGUAAUUCUGCAGCGUCCCAUGUGGAGACUGGAAAAUCUGGAUGGAGCAUUCAGCUAGUUUUGCCAAUUUUUUUUACUUUAUCUGAAAAUGCAACUUUUUUAAAAGAGCCUUUUCUUAAAAUCCCCUUGAUCUGCUGUGUAGUGCCUAAGCCUGGCUGUUUAACAUCAGUAUUCCCAAAAUUUGUCUGCAGUGACUUCUAAUUCAGGUUGGUAACAGCAAUGCCCCAAACAUAAGGCAAAAUUGGCUUAAUUGCCCUUCUUCUGCAGUUCCAGUAUUAAUGGCAGCAGUUCAAGUGAGUUUAAACUGAUCUUGUUGCAUUAAAAAACCUGCGUUAAACCAUUCCUUUCUCUUUUGCCAUUACUUUUGUAAAAUAGUAACUUUUUACCUCACUGAUUUUUAUUAUUUUCUCUGCACUUGAAUGGCUGCUAACAACUUUGAUUAUCUUUUAAAAAGUGCGGGCAUGUGGCAAGCCCACAUUCACUGAAGAAUGGCAGUACCUCUGCACUCUCAAGAGUUUACUAUUGCGUACAUUUCUGUAUCUUUUUUUUUUAGGCUAACAGUGAAAUGUAUUUAUUUCAGUUCAGGUUGUGUUUAGAACUGGCUAAUCUCUCCCUCCGAUGGAUUAUUUAUUAAACUGCUGCUUUCCUGUUGUGUUGAA